ACGUGUAUCAUUUUCAAGAUGGCCGACAGCACUUUAACAUUUGAAGGAUGCAAUUAUUUUCGUCUUCGUCUCGUUCUAGCGACUCUUAGCAAUCGUCCCGUAAGAAUAAAGAAUAUUAGAACUCAAGAUGAUAACCCUGGGCUAAAAGAUUUUGAAGCCAGUUUCAUCAGAUUAAUGGAUAAGCUAACUAAUGGUUCCCACAUUGAAGUCAACGAAACAGGCACAAGUUUAUUUUACAAGCCUGGUCUUUUAGCUGGAGGAACCAUUGAUCAUGAAUGUAAUCCACAAAGGUCAAUUGGAUAUUACCUUGAAGGGGUUGUCAUGUUAGCUCCAUUUUGUAAGAAACCACUCAGACUUACCUUGCAAGGCAUAACAAAUGAUGGGUUUGACCCUUCGGUUGAUGUAAUAAAAACAGUCACAAUACCCUUAAUGAAAAGAUUUGUGGUUGAUGAUGAAGGUUUUGAUAUUAAAAUAAGCAAGAGAGGUAGCCCACCUGAAGGAGGUGGACAGAUUCUUUUCACAUGUCCUGUUCGUAAGACUCUUAGACCUCUUCAAUUUACAGAUCCAGGAAAAAUAAAAAGAAUAAGAGGUUUAGCUUAUGCUACAAGAGUAUCGCCUGCCAUGGUGAAUCGAGUUGUUGAUGCUACUAGAGGUGUAUUGAACCAGUUUGUGUCCGAUAUUUACAUUUACACUGACCACUGUAGAGGACAGCAAGCAGGAAAGUCAUCUGGUUUUGGUCUAUCACUAGUAGCAGAAACAACAAAUGGUGCUCUUCUCAGCUCACAAAGGUCAUCCAACAUUGCAGGAGUGGGUGAACCAACAAUUCCUGAAGAUCUUGGUAGAGAAACAGCCAACAAACUACUGCUAGAAAUAUACAAGGGUGGUUGUAUUGAUUCAAGACAUCAAAGUAUUGCUCUAUUAUUCAUGGCUAUGGGUCAACCUGAUGUAUCAAGAGUUUUAACGGGACCAUUAACACCCUAUACGAUCCAGUUUCUUAGACAUCUCAAAGAAUUUACAGGAGUCAUGUUCAAGAUUCAAACUMAAGACAAAGACUCUGAAGAUGAUAGCAAAACAGGAGGGAAAACUCGAGUCCUUUUGUCAUGUGUUGGCAUGGGUUUUACCAAUGUUAACAAAGGAAUUAUUUAAAAUUUUUGUAUUAAAUAUUUGGCUAAUGAUAAUAAAAUUUCAAUUGAAUAUU